CGCACCCAGGCAGCUAUUUUCUAUGGAUACAAGCGGCAAAAAGUACAUUUCCUGUCUAAUUAAAUUGAAAAGUUCGAAAUCCCCAGAACUGUUGGUCAAGAUUACGAUCAAAGAACAUUAUUUCAAAUCAACAGUUCAGUAUGACGACAAUGGUAUCAUAAAUUGUGAUUCCUCAGCUCAGAUCACAUUAAAAAACGCUGUUUUUUUCCAGGCUGGUCCAGCUUACGCGCAUGCAAAUUUUGAAGUUGACAGACAGGCUAAAAGAGAGCAAGGAGGGGGAUAACAUGAGACAUUCUUGCAAGAAAGAACGAGAGACCGUGCAGCAGAGUGUGUCCGCGUCUGUCUUUCAGUCAAACCCUCUGUUUAUCAGCCCUCAUGUGGAUGUGAACACUUUAUAUAAUACUUUUGGCAGCAAAGAGAUGUGUGAUGAAAGACAGCCCUAAAGCAGGACAAAGCCAAUCAGUUACUAUGAGCAGUGAGCUCAAUGUGCCAAUGGGUUCCCCAGCUCAGGGGUACUCCGACAGGCUGCAGGAUGGUGGCGGAAUGGAUUACAGAGAUUGGGUUCGUCGCAGCUAUCUGGAGCUGGUCACCUCCAAUCACCACUCUGUCCAGGCUCUCUCGUGGAGAAAACUUUACCUCAGCAGGGCAAAGCUCAAAGCCUCCAGUCGAACCUCAGCCCUGCUGUCAGGCUUUGCAAUGGUGGCCAUGGUGGAGGUGCAACUCGAGAUGCAGUACAACUACCCACGAGUCCUUCUUAUCGCCUUCAGCGUCUGCACCACUGUGCUGGUUGCUGUCCACCUCUUCGCGCUACUCAUCAGUACAUGCAUCUUGCCCAAUGUCGAAGCCGUUAGCAACAUCCACAACCUCAACUCCGUCUCCGAAUCUCCCCACGAGAGAAUGCACCACUAUAUUGAACUCGCCUGGGGCUUUUCCACUGCCCUGGGAAUCCUGUUGUUCCUGGCAGAGGUGGUGCUCCUCUGCUGGAUAAAGUUCUUGCCAGUUGACUCUGGAGCACAAUCUGUGUCAGUCCUGGCAGCCCUGAAGCAGAACUGUAGCACCCCUGCAGUUCAACCCGGGUACAGCGGGUGGCAAGCGGCCUUGGCCUCCACCAUCAUCAUGGUGCCCGUUGGAUUAAUCUUUGUGGUGUUCACCAUUCACUUCUACCGCUCACUAUUGCGGCACAAAACAGAGCGGCACCACCAGGAGAUCGAGGAACUGCACAAGAUCAAGGUGCAGCUUGAUGGCCAUGAGCGAGGCUUGCAAGCAGUGUGAGAUCUGGCCAUGCUCUUUUUGGCAAUGUUUCAUUGCUUGACUCUUCAAGCUUUCAAGCACAUUAUAUCCCGUCUUCUUUUUGAGUUUUUUUGAGAAGAGAUGAUUUGUUGCCUGGUGGAAGGAUUGUCCAUUUAGAAACUGAGAAAGCUUUUCAGAAAAGGGGGAAAUUUCAACAGCAAGGGCUAUUUAUUUAUAUUUCUUUAGGCUGUAGGUCAUUUGGAGUGGUCUUUAUGUGCCAUUUUCUGUUUUCCUACCUCUGCAAAAUGAAUGUAAUAGAGCAGCGUGCUUUAAUAUCAUUAGCCUGUUUUGUGUUUAUUGGAAACUUUCUGAGCAAGCCUGGAGCAAUUUUGUGCCACAUAUAAAUUAGGCCGAAUGAAUGUGACAACUAGUGUUGGUCUUGGUUCCAUUAAGGAUCAGAGCUACUCUACAGAGAGUCACUGCCAGUAUGUCUGACUGAAAUGUACAGCUUUUAUAAUAUACAUGCCUGUAUGAGAUUCAGUUUGAUGAAAUAAAUAAAUAAAUAAAAUAAAAAAGGAUGCUGCACGCAUUGGGUCAGUCUCACAAAGAAAUGUCCAGGUCAUAUUUUAAAAGUCAAAAGAAAUUUAAGACUAUUUUGGAACAUUAAAGGGAUAGUUCACCCAAAAAGGAAAAUUCUAUCAUUAUUUACUCACCCUCUUUCCAUCUCAAGUGUGUCUGACUUUCUUUCUUCACCAGAACACAUUUGAAGAAAAUUAGAAAAAUAUCUCAGCUCAGUAGGUCCUUUAAAUGCAAGUGGAUGGUGAUUCGACAUUUGAAGCUCCAAAAAUCACAGACAGUCAGCAUAAAUGUCAUCCAUACGACUCCAGCGGUUACAUUAAUGUCUUCUAAAGUGACGCUAUAGCUUUUGGUGUGAAAAAGAUAUGUAUUUAAGUACUUUUUUUUAACUCUAAAUCAUGCUUCCGUUCUGCAGCGAUAUGCACGUGAUGUAAUCUCAAUGACAUUUGAAACACGCGAGAACUGACGCACGUGCGUCACAGCCAAAAGAGCUGCGUUGUUUACCACUGUGUAGGAGGAAUGCUGUACAGUAGCUUGGUUAGUUUUGGUUUAGAUCUAUAUUCAUCUGUUUCUUUACUCACAAUGGUGCGUUUGAGUGCUUAUCCUGGAUAUCUCAACCAAGUGUAGAACGUGAGAUUAUGUCCGUAUCUUGGCAUCGCGAAUACGUCACGAGCAGAGGUGGAAAGUAACAAAUUACAACUACUCUCGUUACAUUACUUUAGUAAAUGUUUCAAAUUUUUCUGCUUUAAGUAUAAUUAAAUAAUAGUACUUUUACUUGAGUUUAUUAAAAAAUAAGUAUUCAACAGUUAUUUUUCACCACAAUUAUAAGGUUCAAAAAAAUACAUAUUUCUGAAUUUUUGGGAAGAAGAAAGUUAUAAGCACUAAAUCUGUUUAUAAUUUAAAACGCGGUGUGCUCACCUGACGGAAGCCCACAGGGCACAGCAUCAUGAGCAGCUUGCAUAAACCGCCGCCGGUGUCCUCUCUUCUCUAGCUUCUUCAAGACUUUCUGUCCUGUCACUUUACAAGAACUGUAAUACUAUGAUUUUCUGCAUGUUUCAUUUUAUUCUGGAAAGGAGCCGUUCAUUCAGGUACGAGGGAACCGUCUGAACACGUUUAACCACUGAUCAAACGUCACUUGUUUUUAAGGUAGGCAAUGUUUUAACUGUGUCUAACAUUAACACAAUGUAGUUUGACAUAUGUGGGGAUAUCUUGUUACUUUCUAUUAUAUGUCAAAAACAAACUUUUAAAUACCUUAGAAAAGAGACAAUGCCAAUACUGUCGGAAAAUAACGGGGACUCUGGACAAAAAUAUACCCAAAAUAUGCCCAUGCCACGAGUUCCAGUGUUUUAUUAAUAAUAUCUAUAUAUGAUAUAGUUACAAUUACAUACAUUGCAGUUUUCUUUUGACUUUUCACUGAACAUUAUUUCCCCCUGCCGUCCGGUUCCUCACACCAUUAUGCGCACAAACGGGCUCUCCGCUUCUAUCAGUCUGCAUCAGUUCGGUAUUUUACUCCCGCAUUAAAUUCCAUAACCUCUUGUUCAAAAUAAACUGUCCUAGCGGGUAACACUCUUGCUCACGGUGCUGUACUACUCUACUUCCCUUCCCUGUGCUGCUGUUUAUCUGUCUGAAAAGCCUCACCCGCUAGAGGCCAAAAGUGCGCAAGGGAUGAAUGUUAUAUAAAGAACGUUAAAUAUCACAAAUUAUAAUGUAACCAAAUGCUACAAUUUACUUAAUAAUAAUAUCUCAAUAUGUUAAAUAACCAUAAUGUAACUGUAAUACAUAACUGUAAUACAAUAAUACAUAUGCAGAACAACCACUUUUAGUGUUUGAAUCAGUCAUGUCGCUCACUAAACACUGUGUGAAAUGUUUAUUUUUGCCUUAUUUUAUUCAGUUGACAUGUAGGAGUUGAUAACAGUUUGAUUAAUAAUCUCGUCCCAUAUCUGGAUAAUUGCUGCAAUAUCAUAGAGGAUAAAUUUCCUCCUAUAUGAUAUUGCAUUAUAUUAGUUUUGUACAGUAUCUUAACUUUAUAGCCAAAAUACUUGGACAUACAUGAAUGAGAAUAAACCUGAAGUAGGAAUGUGUUUCAGUCACAUGCACAUUAUGUAGUUUAGAGACGAUUUAGAGACAUUUAAAAUGUUACAAAUGGCUAUUUCUAUUUAAAUAAAUGAUGAAUUCUUAAAAUGUUCUGUUUGUCCAAGAAUCUUCUUGCAGCAAUGCAGGUCUUUGGCAUUUAGAAACUGCUAGUUUAGGACCUGUGAGGAGUUAUGUUUUCAAAACAGUAAUGCAUGAAAUAGCCUUCAUCUCUCUAAAACAAUAGACUUCAGGAGAAAAUAGAAUUUCAGGAGAAAUGUGUUUCUUUUUGCCUAUUUUUAAAACAAAAAUUUGACUUGCAAGUGUAAAGCAACUUGUAAGAACUCAAUACCUCAGCAAAUGGGGAAAAAACCCACUGUACUGUGAUUUCCGCAUGGUAGUGCAACCAUUUUCAAUUGUUCUAAUAAUAAUAAUAAGAAUUUUCUUGAGUACCAAAUUAGCACUUUAGAAUGCUUUUGUAAGGAAUAGGUGACACAGUACAUGUUUGCCAUCACGGGUAAAGAAAUUUAAUAAAUACCACUUAAAACAAUUACUUCAAACCCUAAUAGUAAUUAGCUAUUAAUUAUUUUGGUAGUAUUUUUAAUGACUUCAAUGCAUCCUUGGUGAAAGGAAGCAUCAGUUUCUUUCAAGAACAAAAAUGUCUUGAAUGAAAAUUGGGAGGAGAGACCUUCAAACAGCAAAAACAAAAUUCAAUACGUUCUUGACCUGAGAGCAAAACUCCACACACUGGGGCAAUUAAGACAGGAGAAUUUCCUCCAGGCUCAAGAACAUCAAAUCCAGCUGUAUAAUAGGGGUACUCGGCUACGGGAAUUUACACUGGUAGAUAAAGUCCUUGUAUUGCUCCCCACAUCGAGCUCUAAAUUACUCGCCAAGUGGCAAGGACCCUUUGAGGUCACACGGCGAGUUGGGGAAGUCGAUUAUGAGAUUAAACGAACAGAUAGAGGCGAAGCAUGUCAGAUUUACCACCUCAAUCUCCUAAAACCGUGGAGAGAGGCGGUUCCCGUGACUUUGGCGACAUUGGAUCUGGAGAGGGAGGGGCUGGAACCGGAGGUGAACUUAAAAGCUACCGAUCGAGUCACCCCAGUCACUUGCGGAGACCACCUCUCACCAUCACAAGUCACGGAGGUUGCCAGGUUGCAAGGAGAAUUCUCCGACGUGUUCUUGCCUUUCCCCAGUCAUAUGAAUCUCGUAGAGCACCAUAUCGAAAUGACCCCAGGGGUAGUGGUAUGCAGUCGUCCCUACCAUUACCCGAGCACAGAAAAGAAGUGGUUGAGGAAGAAUUAAAGACCAUGCUAGAUAUGGGGUAAUAGAAGAAUCCCACAGUGACUGAGCUAGCCCGGUGGUGCUGGUUCUGAAGAGUGAUGGCUCUGUGUGGAUUAUAGAAAAGUCAAUGCGGUGUCUAAAUUUGAUGCGUACCCAAUACCUCGGAUUGAUGAACUGCUCGAUUGGUUAGGCGCAGCUCGUUAUUAUUCGACACUGGAUUUAACGAAGGCAGAUCCCCUUAACUCCCAUGUCCCGUGAAAAGGCGGCAUUUUCCACACCGUUCGGAUUACACCAAUUUGUGAUGUUUCCGUUCGGUUUGUUCGGGUCCCUGGCUACGUUUCAGCGGCUCAUGGACCAAAUCCUCUGACCGCACACUGCUUAUUCCGCUGCCUAUCUGGAUGAUAUCAUUAUUUACAGUAAUGAUUGGACUGCAGCAUCUGAGGGCUGUCCUGAGGUCGUUGGCGGAUGGCUCCCUGGCCUGAGUCAGGCGAUAGGGGUAUGUGGUGAUGUGGGCGUGGCUGAGCGACAUCUGUGGAGAGCGAGGCCGGGAGAGGAAGAACAGUAAGGAUUGACACCUGUUGGAAAUUAUCUCUAACAGCUGUUUGGUUUGUGUUUAGAUUUAGAGCUGGAGUCACGGUGGGGGAGAGAUAUGCACGCAGCAGUGUCUGUGUGCAUUCCUGUAUAUUGUGCUGAAAAGCAAAACCAUUGCAUAUUGUAAAAUAAAGUUAAUUUGGAGCUGACAUCCCCAUCCCCCACUUCCUCAUUCAUAAGAGUUAGUGAUCUGUCACAAUACUAUAUAUAGUAUCAUUUUCAUAAAGUAACUUGUAACAAAAUUACUUGUAGUUUUUCGGCAAACUACUUAUUUACUCUUACAUGAGUCAUAAUAUUUCUCAGUACUUCUACUUGUACUCAAGUGAAUUAUUUCUUCAGUAGCAGUACUUAAGGAAAAAAAAUCUGUACUCUUUCCACCACUGGUCACGAGAGAGUGCUUGAACUCCACCCUGAAGCUUACAGAAAGCGUUGGAUUAUUGUUAAAAUGUACUUAAAUACUGAUCUUUUUUCGCACCAAAAGCAAUCAUACAGUGGGGGAAAUAAGAAUUGAAAGCUUCAACAUUUUUUUCAGUAAAUAUAUUUUUAAUGAGGCCAUUCACAUGAAAUUU